AUACACACAUAUAUACGAGUAAUAUAUAUACAUACAUAUAUAUAUAUAUAUAAAGUUUUGAUCUUUAAUGGAUCUAUAGAUCUGAACUCACAAAUAAUUUGCUCUUAUCUCAUUUUGAUCUGAACCCACAAUUUAUUUUCACUAGUAGCUCAACCCCAGAUAAAAAGUUGCAAACUUUGUACUUGAAAAGGAGAUAGCUUUUGGGGAUAGAUAUAUAUAUUACUAGGAUUUGUUUACAUCCAAAUUUUUGGAUGUUGAGAAAUGAGGGAUGUUAUCAAAGUUGAUAAACAUUUUAAAAGCCUGCUGGCUACCAUCAUCGGACCGUUAUGAUAAUAUCGGUUCGGAUGGUUUUGGCAGGCAGGAAGGUCUACUUUGGUAUAAGGAUUUUGGAAAACAUAUAAAUGGUGAGUAUUCAAUGGCAGUAGUUCAAGCAAAUAUGUUGCUUGAAGAUCAAAGUCAAAUUGAGUCAGGCUCGUUGAGUCUUCUUGAUUCCGGUCCUUAUGGGACCUUCAUUGGAGUUUAUGAUGGUCAUGGUGGACCCGAAACAUCACGUUACGUCAAUGAUAAUCUUUUUCAGAAUCUCAAAAGAUUUACUUCAGAACAAAAUGCAAUGUCUAUGGAUGUGAUUCGUAAAGCGUUUCACGCUACUGAAGAAGGGUUUGUCUCAAUUGUUGCGAAGCAGUUCAUGGUAAAACCACAAUUAGCUGCUGUUGGUUCGUGUUGUCUGGUUGGAGUUAUUUGUAAUGGAACCAUUUACAUUGCUAAUGCUGGUGAUUCACGUGCUGUUUUGGGAAGAACUGUGAAGGCAACUGGGGAAGUUAUUGCUAUUCAGCUCUCUAUGGAACAUAACGCGAGCAUAGAGUCUGUUAGACAAGAACUACAUAGUUUGCAUCCUGACGAUCCGCAAAUUGUAGUACUAAAACAUAACGUAUGGCGUGUGAAGGGGCUCAUACAGAUAUCAAGAUCUAUUGGUGAUGUAUACCUCAAGAAGGCAGAAUUUAACAGGGAGCCAUUGUAUGCUAAGUUUCGUCUUCGUGACCCAAUUCGAAGACCCAUACUUACUGCUGACCCAUCAAUAUCUGAACAUGAAAUUCAAAUUGGGGAUCAAUUUCUCAUAUUUGCAUCUGAUGGUCUCUGGGAGCAUCUUAGCAACCAGGAUGCUGUUGAUAUAGUUCAGAAUCACCCACGUCAUGGAAUUGCUAAAAGACUGGUGAAGACUGCUUUACAAGAGGCAGCAAAGAAGAGGGAGAUGAGGUACACAGAUUUGAAGAAAAUCGACAGGGGAGUAAGGCGUCAUUUCCACGAUGAUAUAACAGUUGUAGUUGUUUUUCUAGACUCGAAUCUAGUCAGUAAAGCAAGCUCGUGGAAAGGCCCUACCCUGUCUCUCAGAGGCGGUGGCGUCAACCUUGCAGGGAAAACUCCGCCAGCGCCACCAUCGACUGCUUAGGAUCACGGAGACUGAUAUCAGCCACCCUUUUUCUUGAUUCCUCUUCCAUGUCCUUAGAUGGAUUCAAGUGAAGGUCAUAAUUUCCCAUCUCUAAUUUUAUGUAUAAUUUAACACGUUAGCUUUGGAAAAUCGAUUAUUUUCUUUGUGGGAUUUGAAAACCACCCAACCCUCGCCCAAACUUCUUACAACCACCAUCCACCACUACUUGGUCCCAUGUCAGAAGAGGAAGAUUGUCCAUUGUCCCUUGCCCGGGAAUGGAGGAGAAGCAAGACAACUGAACAUAAAACACAAAUAAAUAAAUGCAGAAUCUUGAGAAAAUAGAGAAAGAACUCGAAAUGUGGUUAUGGAAAGAACCCUUGGAAGCUCGUGGUAUGUAAAUCUUGUAAAACUUGUUUUUAGAAAUUUGAUAUUUUUUUUUACCAUCUGCCAUCUCAUUUUAAUUGUUUACUGAAUUCCCUUUCUCAUAUUUCGUGUACCCAGUUUGGGGGUCUGAUGUCCUUUUUUGUUCUUGUAUCAUAUGAAUAUGACCCAUUCUCGUAUCACCUUUCUUUCAAA